UUUGUUGCAAUCCUAACCUUCGGGACACUGGCCAAUCUCUUUAGCAGUCAGAUACUUGGUCAAUGGAACGACGGUGCCUUGUUCUGGUACGUCAGUGCCGUCAUAGUAAUAAGUAUCACCAUUCUCGCAACCGCUGAUAAAAACUCCGCUAACCACGUCUUCACUAACUUCGCGAACGAGACGGGAUGGUCCGAUGGAGUCGUUUGGAUCCCCAGACUGCUACAAUCGACACUCCCUUAUUAGAUAUAAUAUCGUGAUGCAUAUGACUAAGGAGAUGCUUCGACUAUCUGAAGAGGCUUCAAGGGUUAUCAUGUUUACGAUCUGUGCAGGAGGUGUGAUGGGCACAGCAUUCAUACUCGUAAUGCUGUUUUCCUUGACGGAUCUGGAGACUAUGCUGAAUAUCUCAACCCAUAUGCGGAUUACGGAGAUAAUAUUUCAAGCAACGAAUAACCGCGGGGCUACUGUGGUGUUGGCGGUACUGCUGGGAAUGUGCUUUCUUGAUGGAACAAUAGGAUGUAUUACAAGUGUAAGUCGAAGGUUGUAUGCUAUAGCGAGAGACAAGAGGAUAGUGUUUCCCAGUUUUUUCAGAUGCUUUAGAAAAGGUCAUGAUGUUCCCUUCGCAGCAAUCAUGCUGUGCUUCUUCUUCAACCUCUGCUUUGGCCUACUCUAUCUCGGUUCGUCCACUUACCCUCCAGUUUCAGGGUGGCAAUUAAUUUCGUGCAUAGGACCCAGCGUAGCCUUCCCCGCCUACCCCUCAACGUCUCGUACACUGUCUCCAUCACCAUACGAGGCCGCGACAUCCUCGCCCAACCAAACCCUUUCUACACCCUUUAAACUGGGCCGAUGGGGAGCACUGUAGUUGGAUUGUGGUUAUUUUCGUAACUAUUACGUCUGUGCUUUCAUGCUGUCCGCUGGGGCUCCUGACAUCGACGUCGACGAUGAAUUAUGUGUCUACAGUCUUGAGCAUAUUUUUCGUGCUGAUGGUGGUUUAUUGGUGGAUUUUCGGGAGAUGUUUUGGGGGGUAGGUGAGUUUUCUUGAUGAUGAAUUCACUGCCUUGGUGGAUAGGUGCUGAU